CUUUCUUCCUCUCCCUCCAUAUCUUUCACUCAUCUCUCUAUCUCAAUUCUCAACUGCAAUGGCGAAUUACUCGGAGGCCCAUAUUUGCCAGUGCCUCAGCCGCCUCUCCGCCGCCGCCCGCCACUCCACCGUCACGAUCAACGGCGACCGCCGCAAAAAUGGAAUGCAAUUCGUCGACGGAGUUAUGGCCCUGGUCCGUGGGCUCCUCCAACUCGGUAUCAACCCCGGCGACGUCGUUUCAAUUUCUGCUCUCAACAGUGAUUUAUAUUUGGAAUGGAUGCUUGCUAUUACUUACAUAGGAGGAAUCGCUGCUCCGCUCAACUAUCGAUGGAGUUUGGAAGAAGCAAAAUCAGCUAUGGAGGUAGCAAAUCCUGUAUUGUUGGUAACAGAUUCGAGCCGUGGUUAUUGGCAUUCAAAGUUCGAGAUUGAUUCCGUACCGUCUUUAAGGUGGCAUGUCUUAAUGGAUGUUCCGGUUGAAUCCAACAAUAACGGAACUAUUUUUGCAACCGAAUUACUUAAGGAGCCUGCCGGAAGAUUUAUCGAACUAGACUAUCUUUGGGCACCUGAAAGAGCUGCAGUUAUAUGCUUUACCUCAGGUACAACUGGAAAGCCGAAAGGAGCUACUAUAAGCCAUUCAGCUUUAAUCAUGCAAUCCCUUGCUAAAAUUGCAAUUGUUCGAUACAGUGAGGAUGAUGUGUAUCUGCAUACUGCUCCUUUGUGCCACAUAGGCGGAAUAUCAUCGGCCAUGGCCAUGUUAAUGGCGGGUGGUUGCCAUGUAAUAAUUCCCAAGUUUGAGGCUAAUUUAGCCUUUGAAGCAAUUAGGGAAUACAAUGUGACUUCUUUGAUCACUGUACCUACAAUGAUGGCUGAUCUAAUCUCCUAUAAUAGGACGAAGCAAAAAUCUGAAAGUUUUGAAUCUGUGAAGAAGAUUCUUAACGGGGGCGGCGGUCUAUCAGUUGAGCUCAUAAAUAAUGCAACCAAACUUUUUCCCAGAGCCACUAUUCAAUCAGCUUAUGGAAUGACAGAGGCAUGCUCUUCUCUUACUUUCAUGACAAUUUACGAGCCUACGAAAGAAAGCCGUUUUGUUCAUGUAAAUGAUGUCCAGAAAUCGAAUUUAAAUUGUCAAGGAGGUGUUUGUGUUGGAAAACCUGCACCACAUGUUGAAUUAAAAAUAAGCUGCGAUGGAUCUUCCAAUAAUAUAGGGAGAAUAUUGAUGAGGGGCCCACAUGCAAUGCUUCGUUAUUGGGGGCAAAAUGGUCCACGUCAAAGUUGGCUCGAUACUGGAGAUAUAGGGCAGAUAGACGAUCAUGGUAGCCUAUGGCUUAUCGGGCGUGAAAAGGGUCGAAUCAAGAGUGGAGGGGAGAAUAUUUUUCCAGAAGAGGUAGAGGGUGUGCUGUUACAACAUCCUGGAAUUUCGAGCAUUGCUGUAGUUGGAGUUCCGGAUUCUCGAUUAACGGAAAUGGUAAUUGCAUGUGUUCGACUAAAUGACAGCUGGCGGUGGGAUGAUUUUGGUGCUAUCAAUCACUCAGAGGAAUAUACCAAGUGUGUGUCGAGUGAGAUUCUUAAGCGAUUUUGUAGGCAAAAGAAUUUAACAGGGUUUAAGAUUCCGAAAAGGUUUGUUUUGUGGAAGAAUGCAUUUCCAAUGACAACAACUGGGAAAUUAAGGAGAGACAAAGUCAGAGAAGAUGUGUUGUUGUCUCAUACUCAGUUUCUGUCAAGCAAACUGUGAUGUUUUGUUUUCUGGAAAAAAAUAUAUGUAAUUUUGUAAUGUUAUCAAUAAUAAUAUGUCAUAUCCAAUAAAAUGUGGUUAAUG